AUGGGAAGAGGGAGGGUGGUUCUGGAGAGAAUACAGAACAAGAUCAAUCGCCAAGUAACUUUCUCAAAGCGAAGGAGUGGUUUGCUGAAGAAAGCUUUCGAGUUAUCUGUGCUCUGCGAUGCUGAAAUCGCCCUCAUCAUCUUCUCUAGCCGUGGCAAACUUUUUCAGUAUAGCAGCACUGACAUUAACAGAAUCAUUGAGAAAUAUCGUCAAUGCUGCUUCAACAUGUCUAAGACUAGCGAUAUAGUUGAACUUCAAUCACAGUGCUUAUACCAAGAGCUUUUGAUAUUAAGAGUCAAGCAUGAAUCACUUGAACGGAGCCAAAGAAAUUUUCUAGGAGAAGAACUUGAGCCACUUAGCUUGAAAGAAUUGCAGAGUUUAGAGAAACAACUGGAUAAAACGAUUGCACAAGCUCGAAAGCAUCAAACGCAGAAGCUGAUGGCACGAAUUGAUGAAUUAUGCGAAAAGGUACAAAACCUGGAGGAGGUUAACAAACAUUUGGAAUCCAAGGAAAGAGAUAAAUGCACCCAGCAGAUCUGUGAAGGUUCUACUAACUCGACCCCGUUUGUGUACAACAACAAUCAUAUUCAAGUCAAUCAGUUUCAAUCUGGAACAACAGGAUGGUUUCGGCGUCAACAAGCUGCUGCUUCAAAAGGAAAAGCAAUAGAUCGACACGGGGAGUGA